AUGCAUCUAGAAAAUGUAGAGGAACUCGAACGCUACCGCCCUGGAGGUUACCACCCUAUAUCAAUCGGAGACUGCUUGCAUAACCGCUAUCAAAUCAUGAACAAGUUGGGUUUUGGCGCUUACUCAACUAUCUGGCUCGCUAGAGAUGAGAAAGCACAGCGGUAUGUCGCUAUCAAAGUAAAAAUCGCUGCGGAGGACUCUCAAGAGGAGAAUAUUCUUCAUCUUUUAGGUGCUACAGACCCGACGGCAGGCAGACUCGCUGCGAUUCCACAAAUUCUGGACAAAUUUAACCUUGUCGGACCUAACGGAACGCAUCAAUGUUUAGUGACAACGCCUGGGGGGCAAAACCUCUCAUCUUUCGGUUUAUUCCAACCGCGUGUCGCGAGGGCUAUUUCUGCCCAGCUAGUCCAAGCUGUGGCUUAUUUGCAUUCCAGAUCUGUUGUGCACGGCGAUCUUCACUCGGGCAAUAUAAUGCUACACUUACACAAAUCACUCGACCACCUUUCACCUGAGCAGUUCCGCAAAAAGUACGGCAAAGCCUACCUCGAGCCCGUUCGCCGUCAUGACGGCAAGCCGCUGGGCAAAGGCGUUCCCUUAUACGGUGUGCUACCCAUGUGGCUCGGGAAGAAGAGCGAGUAUAUCUCCCUACCCGAAGCUCGAAUCUUCCUCACCGACUUUGGGGAGGUCUUUUUGCCCUCUGUGACUCCACGAUAUUACUCCCACACGCCCCUUCACUUGAGACCUCCAGAAACUUUCUUCUCGCCUCAAACACCACUCUCCUUUGCUGCUGAUAUCUGGACGCUUGCUUGUACAAUCUGGACAAUUACUGGACAGCGUACGCUUUUCGAGGACUAUUUUAUGUCUACUGAUUCGAUGAUUGGAGAGUAUGUUGAUGUUCUUGGCCAAUUGCCAUCUGGAUGGUGGCAUGGGUGGGACGCGCGAGCAAGAUGGUUCAAUGAUGAGGGUGAAAGAGAUCCCGAAUCCCCCAACCAUAUAGUGAAUACCUUUUCAGAGCGGUUCGAGUACUCGAUUCAAGAGCCAAGAAGGGAAAAACGUAUGAAAGAAUUCGAAGAGGCAGAAGAGACUGAGUUUCUCUCCAUGUUGCAAGCUAUGAUGGCUUUCAGGCCCGAAGACAGACCAUCUGCCAAAGAGGUCAUGCAGUUUGAGUGGAUGAGAGAAUGGGCUCUCCCCGAACUUGACAAGAUGGAUUAUUUCAUUAGUAAUGACAAUUGGACUAGUAGAUAA